AUGCCACCUCUAAGGUCGAGAGCCGAGUCGCAGCUUCAAAAGGAAAAGCGAGUUCUCUUCAAAGGAGUUACGGAAUGUGGGAAACUAUGCUCUCGGGAAGUUGAUAGGGAAGGGUUCCUUUGGCAAAGUCUACCUAGCUACGCACAAACUCACCAAUGGAUCAAAGGGGACGAGUUGUACAACCAUCUCCUUCAACAUGGCCCGAUGCCAAUCGAAAAGACUCAGAAGAUAUUUACACAACUAGUUGGUGCUGUUGCAUAUGUCCACAGCAAGUCUUGCGUUCACCGAGAUCUCAAGUUGGAGAACAUUCUAUUGGAUAAACACGAGAAUGUGAAAUUAUGCGAUUUUGGCUUCACCAGGGAGUACGAAGGAAAGGCGAGCUAUCUACAGACGUUCUGCGGAACAAUAUGCUAUAGUGCGCCGGAGAUGCUCAAGGGCGAGAAAUACGCUGGUGAAAAGGUUGACGUGUGGAGUCUUGGGAUUAUUCUCUAUGCUCUCAUAGCUGGAGAACUACCGUUCGAUGAGGACGACGACCAGGUAACCAAGACAAGGAUUCUUACCGAAGAGCCCAAGUUCACCGACCGGUUUCCAGACGAUGCCAAAUCUCUGAUCAACAUGCUGCUCUCAAAACGCCCGCUUCUCCGUCCGACCCUCAGUGACGUCCUGGCCCAUCCGUUCCUUGCAGAAUAUGCACCGCAGCAGCAGGCGAACCUGAAGCUCACACGGCCACCCCCUUUCUCGACGCCGCUUGAAAAGGCAACGCUGGAGCGUAUGCGUAGCGCUGGCGUGAACACGGAGCAGGUCAUGCAAAAUGUGCUAGCACAGCGAUGUGAUUCUCUGGCGGGCUGGUGGACCCUGCUGAUCGAAAAGGAGGAGCGCAAGGAGAGACGGAGAGAGCGAAAGAGACGUGAAAAGGAAGCUGAGGCAAAGAAUCUGCGUCGACUGAGUGCUGCAAGCAGCCGGCUGGAACGGAUAUCUGCUGCUCUUGUCGAGGUUGAUGAAGAAGGCCACCCGGAAGAGCCUAGGGCUCGAGGCAGACGGGAGAGGAGAAGCCUGACAACUCAAGCGCAAUUGAAUAUUCCAGACCUGCCUAAGCUGCCUGAAAUUACACCAUCUUCUGACGGGCUGCUAACUCCUCCGCUACCGCCGCCACCGCCUCCUCCUCCGGUAGAAAAGGACUUUCCUCGAUCUCCUAGGUCUACUUCUCGCGGCCGUCCUGUUCCCCCUCCAAAGGAAAGACGGAUAUCCAAAGGAAGUACGUAUCAUCUAAGCGCUUCGCAGCCUGACCUGAUACGUCCUCAGGGGAUAUUAAGGCGUCAGGGCACCCGUCGCCGCCAAUAUCCCAUCAUCAGCCAGCUAGCCCAGCUCAAACACUGGAUAAUAGAGUCAACUAAACGCGCCAAAUCACCGCACUCAAAGCCCUUCUCGGGUUCUUCGACCAUGAAGUUCCUCUCUACUCACUCGAGCCCUCCUAAAAAGAGAGACGCGCCCAGCAAGGACACGGCCAUCACUCCAACUAGCGCUACUUUUGCUCAACACCAGCAAACACCAACGACGAAACGAUCUUCUAACGCAAGCAGUCUGGCACUUAGCAAUGCUUCCUACCCCGGCGCGAGACGGACUUCAUCACUAACCCAAAGACCCCUAAACACUUCAAACUCCCAUCAUCGCAACUCUCUCUCGCCUUCACCGUUGACUCCUCGAAAUUCAUACCGCCGCUCCUCUGCUGGUUUAAGAGGGCGGAAAUCCACUUCCUCGUCUGUCUCUUCAAUUCGAACUGUCCACCACGCUCAUUCUCAUUCAAAAACGUCCUCCAUAUCUUCCAACAGCAUAGACACAGUCUCUACCCCAACAGGUUCUACAGCCAAAGCUCUUGGUCGUUCUCCUCAUUCUUCAAUAAAGAUUCUUCCAGCAACGCCAACUUCCAUGCCUGUCUUUCCAAACAAUAUCAGGCUCGUAAGAGGGGGUAACAAUAAUAGCUUAACAAGCGCAUUCAACGAGGCUGCACCUGCUCUUAUCUCUUCACCCUCGUCCGGACCUAUUUUUGCUCGCAGAAAGCGAGCUACAUUCAAGGGGCCUUCUCUUACUUCCACACACAUGCUGUCCAGCAAUGGGCCGGGGACCCCCAGUCUGAUGCGGAGCAGGGCCAGCAGUGUAGCUUCAGGUGAAAUACUGAUGUCGGGAGCACGGAAGAGCCAAAUAAUAGAGGAAGAAGAGGAUGAAGUGCUGCCUGACGACACCACGGAAGAGGUAGACUGUUUCAGUCCAACUGAGGACCGGACUUCGAGUUUCCCAGAGCCUCCUUCUCCUGUCCUGCUUGAUGCUGAAUAUGCCACUGCAAUAGCUGCUGCCUUGGAUCCAAUAGCGCUUCAUACUGACUCUGAUCACGAGGGCUCUCCUGAUUCCCGCCAACUUCUUCCAGCCGCUGAGAUUACUGAACAUCCUUCUUUCUCGCAAAUAUCAUCUUCAGAGCACGAGAAGCCCAUCUUACGCCCUCCACGCUCAUCGUCGCUUCGGGAAGCAAAAGGCGGCUCUCCUGGCAGUUUCAAUGCCAAUGACUCCCUGGAGAAUAUCGAAGAGUCCCCAUCCCCUGCUUCUCUCAAAAAGUCUCCAACCCUAAAAGAUGCUUAG